CCUCCUUUUCCAGCCGACGCCGUCGCUUCCUAUUGGUCAGGCUCAGAGUCCGAGUGCCCGGAUGUAGUCAGCACUAUAUAUGAGGCGGUUGAGAGCGCGGGAGAGCUUCUACGUUUGAACUGUACGUCGCUGAAAGAAACCGAUCGCAAUCAUGGUAAGCUGGGGCGGGCGGUUAGGAUACCUCUACACUCUGGGCGGAUUCUGUGUCUGUGUGGUGACUGCCUACUCUGAGUGUGGGAAGCGAGAGAUCGGUUCCAUCGUGGCAUUCUCUAAACCAGGGUUAGGCAACCGGGGGCACUCUCCAUGUUAGGACUACAUCUCCCGAGAAGCAUUGCCGGCGCUAUGGCUGUAAGAGCAUUCUGGGUGAUGUAGUCUACACCAUCUGCAGUGCCCAUGGUUGCCGAGCUGUGUGUGUAACCAGCGGAGUGGGCCAUGCGGUAGGUGCUGCUAUAUAUUGAUCCCGCCCGCAGCCUUCCUCUGUGGACUGCGCUCCCUGUGACUCCCAGCCAGCCCUGGGGUGCAGCUGGUGUCUGGCUGGUGGUGGGAGCUCUGUACUGGGAGAGCUGGUCACAGCAGGUCUGCUCUCUGCUGGGCCAUCUGCUGUGACUUUCCAGCCAUGCUUUGUGUGUCCCUGCCUUUGUUUGCACCUUCUGUCCCAGCUCAUUGUCCUCCCCAUCACUGACUGGAGGGAGGUUAGUUCAGCUCUCCUACCUGUGGGCUCCUGUAUUGGGGGUGUCUGCUGAAUCAGUUUAUCCUAGAAACUGGUUAUAUGGGCCUGACCUCUAUCUUGUUACUACAUUAGUGUGUUGUCCAGGUAAAAACAGACUGACCGGUGUGAUGCAGGUUCCUUCUUCGUGUGGAUUGAUGAGUCAAAUUGGUAAUUGGGUUAUGUAAUCUAUCGAGUACCAUGCUUAAUUUGGUUUUCACGUGAAGACCAAAUCCACUUUUUUUUUUUUUUUGGACAAAAGGGCAUUUAAUUUGAUGUAAAUAUAUACUCAUUUGCUAUAAAAAAACACACAAUGCAUCAAAAACUAACAACUUUUUUACGUCAAUUUUGCCAAUACUGCAACUUAUGAAAAGUUAUUAUAACUAAAUAAUCUGUCUGGAUAUUCAGAGAAUAUGUUUAGGUUUAUAGUAAAUUCUGGUUAUUAUAUACAAGGAAUACAACUUCAAUGUGGUGUGCUUUAAGAUUUUGAUAGGUUUGUCUUGUAAGUUUAAUAGCGUCACAGAAAACAAAAUUACCACACAAAUGUAUACAUUUAUAGAACAUAAACAUCACAGGCUAUUUAUCUGAAGGCCUUAACACUUACUAUGUAGCUAACUGCCAAUCUCUGGUAAAUAUUGUGUGCUUUUUUUUUUUAAACUUUCAAACACUUUAAAAAAAAAAAAAAAAUUUGUAAACCUGAUGUGUGCUACCACUGUGAAAAAUAUAGUGUGCAGCAUAUGCUGUUGCCACUAUCCUGUGAGAGACCUCCACUUCAGAAUUUUUAUAGGUGGUAAGGUCUCUUUCUGGGCAUUAUAGUUGUUUGUUGAAAUUGCCACACAGACAUAACAUUUUGUGAAAGUAGACAUUAUGUAUAUAAUAUGGUGUAUAGUGUUCCUUGGCAUGCUGCCACAUUUUCACCAGUAAUUCAGCUUGUGUGAUAUAUAGAUAUAUUAUAUUUAUUUUUUUCAUUUUUAUACUAUGGCACUAAAUUGCAAAGUCAGUGUCCUGUAAAAGACCUGAUUAUUUCAGUUUUUGCUGUGAGAAUUUCAUCUGUGAAUUCGGUGGGCCUAUUCCACAUUCUGGGCCGUUGUAGACGUUUCACAGUUCAGAUCACCUCAAAUGCAUACCAUUUGUAAAAGUGGACAUAAUCUGAACUAAUCUCGAAUCUAGCUCUAUAUCAAAUAGUCACCUUUAUCUUAACCUAUACCCUUAUUCUAUGCCUAAUUCUAAUUGGCCUUGUUGACCCAAAUCUGAACUCUAGCAUUCUGUUUAUAUUUAAAAUUGGCUUAGAGUUAAUUUUAAAGGAUUCCCUCUGCUGUUUUCAGUAUGAUAGCUUUAUCUGUACUGCCUCCAUUGGUAAACUCAUCAGCUCCUCUGGCUUUCAUUAUAAUCAGUAUGCGUAUGACAUGCAAAUCUACUUGUCCUCUCCUGAUCUCUCUCCGCCCAUCUUGACCAGUGUCUGACUGUUUCUCUGCGAUUUCCAACUGGAUGGCUGCUCACUUCCUUAAACUCAACCUGUCUAAAACAGAACUUCUGGUCUUUCAUCACUCAAGUGCUGCUACUCCCAUGUCUGUCUCCAUCCAAGUCAACUGUGCUACUAUCACCUCUACCUUACUGCCUAGGUGUUCUUUGACUCCAACCUCUCCUUCAUCCCUCAUGUCCAGUCUAUAUGGUCAAAUCCUGCCACUUCUAUCUCAAAUCUAUAGCGUGCGUUCGCCUCUAUUUAACGCUGGAAGCUGCUAUGGUGCUGGUCAGUGCUGUUCUUUCUCGCCUUGACUACUGCAAUCCCCUUCUCAGUGGUCUUUCAUGUUCCCAGCGUGCACCAUUGCAAUCUAUAAUGAAUGCGGCAGCAAGACUCAUUUUCCUGUCCGCUCGCGCCUCCCAGUUCUGUUAGUCCCUACAUUGGCUGCAAGUAAGAUAUAGGGCUUAACUAAGAUUCUGGUUUUUGCUUUAAAGUCCCUAGAUAAUGCUGCUCCAACCUACCUAUCCUCCCUAAUACAAAAGUACGUUGUGUCUAGGCCUCUGCGCUCUUCUGAAGACAUAAGUCUAUCCUCUGUGUGUAUUCUCACUUCUGAUGCUCGCUUCAAAGAUUUCUCCAGGGCUGUACCUUUUCUGUGGAACUCCCUUCCCUUCUCCAAUAGACUUUCACCCAGUCUCCACUCCUUAAAAAAAAUUAUUCACAAACUGUUGGCAGGUUUUCAUCUCCUGUCCCCAAUGACUCCUCUCCUGAAACUGACAUAUUUACAUACUAAGCCCUCAGUGUAUACUUUUCUAAAAACCUACUUCACACCCCUACUUUUACCCUUUGUCCAUUUACCCCACUCCUUCUAGCAUGUAAGCUCAUUGAGUAGGGCAGUCAACCCCUCUGUUCCUGUACGUUCACUUGUCUGGUUACAAUUAUGUGUCCGUUCGUCCACCCACUGUACAGUGCUACAGAAUUCGAUGGCACUAUAUAAAUUAUAUAUUUGAAUAUUGUAUGCCCAGUGAUUUGCAAUCAGUGCUGGGCAACUAACAAACCCCAGCACUGAUCACUUUGCAGACCCUGGGGGUUUCUGUAUCGCCUUAUCCAGGGAGAAAAUAACUGGCUGUGCUUGAUUGCCUUCAACACUUCAUACUGCUCAUCAAAAAGUUCGGGGCUACUACAAAUGGCCAUAGCUGUGGGGGAGAUUGGGGGGGGGAGGAGGACAUUACUUUUCUAAUGGUAUGGGUACCUAAACCUAUAAUUACCAUAUUCUACUGCUGUUGCAAAUCCACAUUGUAGCCAGUUUGUCUGCAGUUAAAGUGAUGUUUUACAUGCAACUACCUAACUUUUCUUUUCUGCAGGCUGGUGGAAAAGCUGGAAAGGACACAGGCAAAUCAAAGGCUACAUCGGUUACCCGCUCAGCCAGAGCAGGACUGCAGGUCAGUGAUAAUUUAAUUUCUAUGAAUUGACAUUGGUUUACUUCACAAGAUCUCAUUUUAUUGUUGAAAACUUGAGUUUUUUUUUUAAUAAGCUCAAACAUGCAAAUAAUUAAGAGGGUGGUAAGAAUACUGUACUUGGUUGAUAGUUCAGUAUAUUGUGCGAUAUCUUAACUGUCACACUUGACAUGAAGAAGAAAAAUAUUUGUGUGGGUGAAACAGUUGCAGCUCCAAACUACUAAAUGCUACAUAGUACUUUCCUGGUUCAAUUUGGAAAACAAAAUAUUGUAAUUACAUCCCUGUUAUACUGGUAGUUCCAGUUUUUUUGUUUUGUGUGUAAUGUAGAACUCAAACUGCAGGUACACAUACAGCUAAGAAAAAGCAACAUUUUUAAACUGUAUACUUUUUUUAGUUUCCAGUUGGUCGUAUCCAUCGACUUCUGAAGAAUAGGACCACAAGUCAUGGCCGUGUGGGUGGUACUGCUGCAGUAUACACUGCUGCUAUCCUGGAGUAUCUUACUGCUGAGGUAGGAAUGGUUUAUAGUUCUGGAAAAACAUGAGUUUUGUGCUUUAAAAAAAAAAAAAAAAAAAAAAUUAAAAAAUUAAAGGCUUCUGAAAAUCACCCAUCUUGUGUGGGGAAAAAAAAAUUAAUAUAUUCACAUCUUAUGGAUAUCUUGUGUCAAACCCACCAUUGUUUCCAAACAUCCACUCUGGCUGCAUGCUUUAGAAUGUGUUGUCUACUGCUGUCUUGUAAACUUAGAUAAUUACAGCAGCACAAAUAUAAAAUGCUGGUAACAUUUGUGAUACUAAAGGACAAGUGGGUGUCUAAAAAUGAAAGAUUUUGAUUUAAAAAAAUAACAAAACACCUUACACCUUCUCAAUAGAAAUACAUUAUGUGACUGAUAAUUUAAGUUACUUUAACCUCUUAAGGACACAUGCCGUGUGACAUGUCAUGAUUCCCUUUUAUUCCAGAAGUUUGGUCCUUAAGGGGUUAAAGAUCCGAUUUUAGGAGCAAAAGUGGAUUGGGCUUUAUUAAGCAUGCCAAGAAAUGGUUUAUUUUUUAACCCCUUGACGGUUGAGGACAGUCAUCGGAAACAUCCCCUGUCUGGAGGUACUUACCUGAUCGCCAUCGGUCCUGCGGUGAUCUGCGCUCCUCCCGGUCCAGGGGAACUGUCUGUCUGCCCAGGCAGUCUCCCCACAGCAGAUCACAUGAACGCAAUAGGUGUGUAUCUGCCUGCAGGGGGACUGUCCGUGCUGACAGGCAGUCUCCCUGCAAGUGUAAAAUAAAAUCAAUCAGUGUGUGUGUGUCAUAUUCAGUGUGUUUUUAGAUUUAUAUAUACAUAUAUAAAUAUACACUUAUAUUUAAAUUACGCACGUGUGUGUGUGUGUAUAUAUACAAUAUACAUAAGCUAUAUAGUGUAUAUAUAAAUUAUAAAUGAAGAAAUGUAAAUUUUUUAUAUUUUUUUAUUCUAACAGUAUUUUUAUGUAUAGAGAGAAUUUUAUUAUAACAGUAUUUUGAUAUUUAUAUCAAAAUACACUUAGAAUGAAAUGAUAUAUCUAUGUAUAAAUAAAACAAAAUAUACAUUUGUCCAUAUACAUAAUUACAUUAAUUUCAUAAAUAUACACGUAGACUUCAAAUAUAUAAAUAUGUAUAUUUAAAUUCUACGUGCAUUUUUAUGUAAUAUUACAUUAAUUUUAUUGAUUGCAAUUUGAGGGACAUGCCUGACAACGCAGGCCGAAAGUCCAGAGAAUAUAAUUUGCUAGCACUGUGUUUAACCCUGUAACUUUCUAUGACAAACUGCUAUGUUUAUGAAAAAAUGGGUUAACCCUAGCUUGACCAGGCACCCAGACCACUUCAUUAAGCUGAAGUGGUCUGGGUGCCUAGAGUGGUCCUUUAAACAAUAAAAAUAAAAAAAUCUCUUCUAUAGGACUGAAGAAUAUAUUAAUUUAAUAUCAAUAUACAUUCUUCAUUGAGUUCUAUGUAACCAAAUUAGAUUUAACAGAUUUAAAAAAAUAUAUAUAUUUAUUUAUUUUUUUUUAAAACCAUUGUCCAAAUAAAGUAUAGUCCUAGAAAACUAUUGGAUGCAAAAGAUAAAUUACAUUUGGUAAGAUUUACCAAUGCUCUGUCUGAUUACAUUUCAAACUCUAUUAAAGUCUAUAAAGUUGGAAAUAUAAUCAGAGCAUUGGUAAAGCAGCAUUCUAUAGCUAGGUGCAGGGUCCACAUACCAUGCAGUAGACAAGCUGUGAGCUGUGUAUACACUGUAUUUAUUAGUAUAAAUGACACACAUACAGGGAGUCCCUGGCACAGUGUAUAACUGAGCUCCACUGGCCAAAUCACUCACCAGAGCUCUGUGAACAGGAAAUCUCGGACGGGCUUGGUAUCUAGGAAGUGACAGGACUCCAACAGGGUUCAUGCCAUGUUCCAGGGGCCGCACUGCCUGCCUCCCAGUACCGGUUCCUGCGCUCUCCGGCUGCGGAGGAACUGUCAUCACUGGGAGCAAUCAAGCUGCAGCAUCCAUCGGCGCAUGUGCAUCUCUCCCCUCCCUCCAUGCCAUGUACUGAACACAUGGCUUCCACUGUUACCAUGGUAACUGUCAGGCUGGUCACAUGCUAGUAGAUUGCAGAAGACUCCCGGAAGUCUGGGAGAGUUGGGAUAUCUGCGGGGGGAAGAGGGUUGUAAAUUAAGGCAGAUUUUACCCAUAUUCAACCAAAAUGGGAUAGGCCUGUUUUUGGCCAAAUACAUUUUGGCAGCUGAAAUGUCUGUGCAUUCCUAUUAGAGUAUAUCUCUAAUGGCAGUUUAGCAUCUUAUUCAUGGGUACUUAAUAGCCAAGCAAAAAUUAAGGCAAUUUUGGGUUUGGCUAAACAGACUAUGAACACUUAUUUGUAACGUUAAGCCACCUACAUGUUGAGUGAUGAGUGGCUGUAACUACUCUACUUUUAUUUCAGGUCCUUGAGUUGGCAGGAAAUGCUUCAAAAGAUCUGAAAGUAAAACGUAUCUCCCCACGUCAUUUACAACUUGCCAUCAGAGGAGAUGAAGAACUGGAUGCUCUUAUAAAGGCUACAAUUGCUGGAGGCGGUAAGCUCAUUAAUUUAUUUUUUCGCUCUCCUGUAACUUACUUUUUAAAACAUGUUCUUAAAAGGUUACUCCAAGAACCAUGACCACAUCAUUGUGCCUGGAUUCUGUAUGUUCAGUGUUUUCUGCUUUGAAACACUACACAUAAAGAGAUGUGCAGAGAGUCUCAUCUUCAUUUGCCAGUCCAGAAGAAAGUUCCACGCUGGCUGGGGGGGAAUAAAUUACUGGUUUUUGCUUGGAGUAGCAUGUUUGUUGUAGCUGUCAGAUGUUUCCUGAAUUGUAUAUAACACAAACAUCUCUUGUAGGUGUCAUUCCACAUAUUCACAAGUCCCUCAUCGGAAAGAAAGGUCAACAGAAAACCGUUUAGUUGUGGUCAUUAUGAGGACACUACACACUCAAGCUUGGUUAUGGACUUUUUGAAACCAGUUCCUGGACGCUAGUUGGUCCUCCUGGAUACAGCUGUGGUGGUGCCACAAAGCAUCAGGAUUGGAAUCUUUAUCCAUUUUUAAGCUACAUUUGCUUCGAAGACGUAAAUUCAGAAAAUGGCUCAGAUGGGCUAUUAUGUGGUUUUAAAAGUUUUGGUUUUUUAAAUAUUUUGGGGACUUGUUUUCUAUGGACUUUAGUGUAAUUUGAUUCUCUUGUUGUUGCUCAAUAAAUGAGUACUCCACAUGUCUUGUGAAUUUGUAUAAUUGAUCUAAUUUACUUUAUACAAAUAUGCUUGACAUAGUUAUUGGUUAUGCUGCUUGUAUCAUUAAAAUGUUAUUUAGUCAGUGAUCUUUCUCCUUCAGGAUUACGGGUUUAUCAUCAAAUAUAAACGUAACACUUGUAUGACCACUUUUAGGCUAUGGGGAAAAUAUCAAAUGAUGGUUGCUGCCCUAAGUUUAUUUACCAAACUUAGUCAGUUAACUUGGAAAACCACUCCUACUCUACAUACAGUUUUGCAGGUCUUUUGGACUAUACCUAUAAUGAUCCUUUGCCAGCAUUAUGGAGGAUGUAGUCCACAUCUGGAGUGCCAAAGGUUGCCUACCCCUGCACUAGGGCAAUGAGGGAGGUUAUAACUGCCACUUAUCAAAUUGUUUGUGAGUAAUAGUACUAGUCUCCAACAUACUUUAUAGAUGGUGUCUAACUUUGAUAUGCUUCAAUAAAAUGUCAUGUUAAUGUAGGAUUUCUGAAUUCUGACUGUUCUACCAUUAAUCUGACAACUCCUCAUAGCUCGUGCCCAUAUGUCUUUCAAAACAUUGACAGAUUGUAAUAAGAUUAGAUUAAUGGUUACAGUAGCAAUAUAUUAAAAAAUAAAUAUGCAAGCCUGUAGCAGAAAA